GUUGUGAUAAACUUAUUAAAUAGUUAUGCCAUAUGCAAAUCAGCCUAAACUGUCUAUGACAGAACUUACCAGCGAAAAUGUUCGCUUUGUUCUGGAGGACACCGACUUAAGUGUAGCCAACAGUCUCCGACGAGUUUUCAUUGCUGAAGUACCUACGUUAGCUAUUGAUUGGCUUCAAUUAGAGGCUAACACGUCUGUUCUUCACGACGAAUUUAUUGCCCAUCGACUGGGCCUAAUUCCAAUGACAUGUGAUGACGUCAUUGACAGAAUGGAAUACUCUAGAGAUUGUAUCUGCGAUGAAUUCUGUCCCGAAUGUUCAGUUGAAUUUGAGUUGCAUGUUACCUGCACAGACGACUUUACCAGAUCAGUCACUACGAAAGACCUCGUAUCAAAAAACCCGAAGGUUGUUCCGGUGACAUCCAGAAGGUCUGAGAACGAUACAUCCUCCUAUCAUCGUGACCAGGACAUCCUCAUUGUUAAAUUGAGGAAGGGUCAAGAGCUCAAACUGAAAGCAUUUGCUCGAAAAGGGUUCGCUAAAGAACAUGCCAAAUGGAUGGCAACUACUGCUGUUUCGUUCGAAUAUGACCCAGAUAACACUUUGCGACACACAACUUACCCGAAGCCAACCGAAUGGCCGAAAAGCGAGAACACUUCGCUUCCCGAGGAUUUCGAGUCGGCCCAAGGCGAGUACGUUCCGAAUGGGAGAGCGAAUAAGUUUUUCUACAACGUCGAGUCAUGUGGAGCACUUGCACCGGAGAGUAUAGUGAUGAAAGGCAUUGAUGCUCUGAAAAUGAAACUGUCCGCAAUUCAAGAGGAGUUGAAACAGGAAGAAGACAAUGUUCAGGGGUUGCAAUAGUUGAAUGUUGAUUUCUAUUUAUGUUGUUUUUUUCUGAAUAUAUUGUUAGUUCAUUC